GGAGCUCGAGGACCCGGGUGGCCGGGCCGCGGGAGCCUCAGCGAUGUUUUACUCAGGACUCCUCACCGAGGGCGGCCGCAAGGAGACGGACAUGCGGGAGGCGGCGUCGCUGCGCCAGCAGCGCCGGGUGAAGCAGGCGGUGCAGUUCAUCCACAAGGACUCCGCCGACCUCCUGCCCCUGGACGGCCUCAAGAAGCUGGGCUCGUCCAAGGACACGCAACCACAUAACAUUCUGCAGAGGCGCCUCAUGGAAACCAACCUGUCUAAGCUCCGAAGCAGUCGUGUCCCUUGGACCUCCAAGACCAACAAACUCAACCAGGCUAAGUCUGAGGGACUGAAGAAGUCUGAGGAUGAUGACAUGAUUUUGGUUUCUUGCCAGUGUGCUGGAAAGGAUGUGAAAGCCCUGAUUGACACAGGCUGUCAAUAUAAUCUCAUCUCUUCAGCUUGUGUGUAUAGACUGGGACUCAAGGAGCAUGUUAGAUCUCACAAGCACGAAGGAGAGAAGCUGUCUCUACCCCGGCAUCUGAAAGUAGUGGGGCAGAUUGAGCACCUAGUGAUCACACUGGGCUCCCUCCGCCUGGACUGCCCGGCAGCUGUGGUUGAGGACAAUGAGAAAAACUUAUCCCUUGGUCUCCAGACUCUCCGAUCCCUGAAGUGCAUCAUAAACUUGGAUAAGCACCAGCUGAUCAUGGGAAAAACAGACAAAGAAGAAAUCCCUUUCGUGGAGACAGUUUCCUUGAACGAAGACAACACUUCAGAAGCUUAACUACAGCCUGCAGCAUAUCUGCACAUAUGCACACACACCAGGUUGACAGAUUGAGAAAACUGGGUUUGAACCAAAUGCAGUAGCAACUUGCUGUGGACCAAGUCCUUUUCUCUAAUAGAAGCUCUAGGGCUUCCUUCCCACCCAGACCUCUCUAGACUUUAGUCUGUGCUUAGAGAUCUUGUCUGGUUAUAGCCAUUGUUUUUUACUCCUUUGAUCACAUAAUUAAUAGACCUUUUUGACACUGCCAGGUCUCACUUGUGGCCUAUUCCUCUGCUUCUUCCUGGAAUUUGCUUUUAUUAGUCAAGUAUUAGGGCUGCCAGGUUCUAUUUCUCCAUAAGUACACUUGCUUCUUUUCCUAUAGCUAAAAUGUAUAAUAAACAGGAACCUGACCUUUA